AUGUAUUUUUUCAAGUGUCUCCUGGCUGUUGCCCUCUGGGCAGGGUUCUCAUCUUCACUAUCGACGUCGACCUUCAAUCCGCCUGAUGCAGAACCCACAGUGACAGUCCGGAACGGAACAAUCGAGGGCACCUACAGUGAGGCGUAUCAUCAAGAUUUCUUCCUUGGCAUCCCCUACGCUCUUCCUCCAACCGGAGAUCGCCGCUUCCGGAGAGCCGCCCCCCUGACCAGAAAGUGGGACGGCAUCAGGGCUACCCAAGACUAUGGGCCUUUCUGCAAAGGCUAUUCUGUAGGCCUUCCAGCGUAUGAUCAACCCAACAUUACGUAUCCAAUGGACGAGGACUGCCUCACCAUCAACGUCGUCCGCCCUGCAGGCACCGGGCCGAAUGACUCCCUACCGGUCUUGGUGUGGAUCUACGGCGGCGGGUUUUCCGAAGGUGGCAGCGGAGACCAGCGGUACAACAUGUCGUUCCUUGUCAACACUUCGGUCGAGAAGAACACGCCGAUACUGAUGGUCAGCUUCAACUAUCGCGUCUCCGGUUUCGGUUUCCUCGCCGGCCACGCCAUCGAGGCGGAAGGAAACGAGAAUCUUGGCCUGCACGAUCAGAGGAUGGUUCUGGCUUGGAUCCAGGAGAACAUCCACGCCUUUGGAGGAGACCCCGCUCGCGUCACCAUCUCAGGAGAGUCUGCCGGGGCUGCCUCUGUCGGCUUCCACCUUCUGGCAUACGAAGGCCGCAAUGACAGUUUGUUCAGCGCCGCUAUUUCUGAAAGUGGCGGUCCGUUGUUUUACAAAGCCUUUCCUUCAUUAGAGAUCCGUGAACAGCAGUACGGCGCAACCUUGAACGCCACCGGCUGUGCUGGCACGAACAACACCUUGGCGUGCCUUAGAGCCGCACCCGCAGACAGUUUCGACUCGGUAUUCAAGCAGUAUCUCUGGUCCCCCAUGGUUGACGGCGGCCUCAUACCCGACUUCACUUCCAAGCUGCUCCACCAAGGCAAGUUCGUCAAGGCCCCUCUGCUCAUCGGGGCAAACACGAACGAAGGCACCAUAAUGGUCCCCUUGUUCUCGACCAUUGGGGUCAAUAGCACAGCAGAAUUCCACCAGGUAAUCGAAGGCAUCAAUGAUGGCCGGCCUCUCCCCGGCGACACGCUGCGCCGCUUCGACGAGCUUUACCAAGAGGUCGUAUCGCACCCAAAGGAAAAUCUAGGCACAGUCUCCCCCGAACCGGGCCCGCCGUAUGGCUCACUUUAUGGCCAGACGUCUCUAAUGAUUGGGGACGUCAUGCUCGCCGCCGGCCGCCGGCUCGCCGCCCGGACAUGGGCCGACGCAGGGUUGCCGGCCUACAGCUACCACUUCGACACCGUGCCCGCCGGUAUCAACCCCAUCACGCUGGGCGCGGCGCACUUUCAAGAAGUCGCCUUUGUCUUUCGCAACACACGUGGCACGGGGUACGAGAGCGAUCCGUUCGCCGUACAGGACCCGGAGCUGCGGCAAAAGUUCGACGGCCUCGCUGAGCUGAUGAGCUCCAUGUGGGUCAGCUUUGUGGACUCUCACUCACCAAACAAUCAUAAUGUCGCCAGCUUCGGAGAACAUUGGCCCACGUAUUCGACUCAUGAACCCGUCAAUCUGGUGUUCCGUGCGGAUCCUGGCUCUUAUCUGGAACCGGACACAUUUAGGUCUGAGGCGUUUGAUUUCAUCAACCGCACGGCGCUAGAAUUCUCGCGUUGA